CGUUGCUCGGUCAUUGUAUCUUUUUUUUAAGUUUAUAAUGUCAAAACCUGACCCAAAUGGUAAUACAAUGCCCGGAAAGGAGCCCCUUAUUAAGGAGCAAGACCGAUUUCUACCCAUUGCCAACAUUGCUAGAAUUAUGAAGCGUGCUAUACCCGAAAAUGGUAAAAUGGCCAAAGAAUCCAAGGAAUGCGUCCAGGAAUGUGCCUCAGAGUUUAUUAGUUUUAUUACUAGCGAAGCUUCUGAUAGAUGCCACCAAGAAAAGCGUAAAACUAUUAACGGCGAGGAUAUAUUAUGGGCUAUGCAAUCUCUUGGCUUUGAUCCGUAUAUAGAGCCUCUUAAGCUAUAUUUGCAGCAGUAUAGAGAGUCUAUUAAAGGGGAUAAAGUCAGGGAAGAUGAAGAGGAUGAGGGUAGCGGUGGUUGAGUUAUUAUUUGGCUUAUUGUGUAUAUAUUUUGAU